CAAAGCCAGCCCAAGAAUUUCAAGAGAGGGGGAGAAGAAGAGACUCUGUGAGAUAUUGUGAAAGAGAAAUGGACGACAAUGAAGGGACGAGGAGGAGAGAUGGUGUGGUGAUACCUGAUGCAGGGUAUGGUCCGGGAGAACAGUACGACAAUGGAAAGAAGGAGAGAGGCGUGGCCGGAGAAGACGAGGUGGAGUCCAUCGAGAAGAUAUUCGCGUCCAAGGGUAGAAUUGAGACAAAAUGUGCACUGGGGAGAGGCGUUGGUUUCCCACGUCCGUCCUUGAGCGGUCGGAUUGAUAUGACAUCUGUGAUGGAGUCAUCGAAGGCGAUAGUGGGGAUGCUGAUGGUCCAGGCCUUUGCGACUGGCCUGCAGCUCCUCGUUCGUGUCAUCCUCGACGACGGGACCUUCAUCUUUGCCCUCAUGACGUACCGGCACGUUGUGGCCGCCAUCUGCGUGGCCCCAUUUGCCUUCAUUUUCGAAAGAGGGAAGGAUGCGAAGUUGAGCUUCAAGAUUUGGGUUUGGCUCUUCUUUAAUGCAUUAGCUGGAAUUACAGCGGCAAUGAGCUUGUACUAUUACGGCCUUAGAGAUACUACGGCUACGUAUGCUGUCAGUGUCCUGAAUCUCAUCCCGAUAAUCACAUUCAUAUUCGCGAUAAUCGCAAGAGUAGAGGCAUUGAGACUGCACACUUGGGCGGGACGGGCGAAGAUGAUCGGGGCUGUUUUAUGCGUUGCCGGAGCGCUAUCGACUAGUCUGUAUGAAGGGAAGUCUUUCUACAUUUUCCACCACAAUAUCAGUCACUCCGAAGCUCUGGUCAAGAACGUCAAGCAUAAUUGGAUGAGAGGAACCCUUAUGUUAACGGGCAGUUGUCUUUGUUACUCUACGUGGUACAUGCUCCAGGUGAAGAUGAACAAGAUCUUCCCUCUCAAGUACUGGACCACAAUGCUGACUUGCAUCAUAGCAUCUGUACAGUCAAUGUUGAUAGGCUUGUGUUUGGAUCGAAGCAGUGCGGCAUGGAAGUUGGGAUUCAACUUGCCGCUCCUCACAAUCGUAUACUCGGGUGCACUAGCCACUGCAGCGACCUUCUGCUUGAUCUCGUGGGCGAUUGCAAAGCGUGGCCCUACUUACCCUUCAAUGUUCAGCCCGUUAACGCUCAUAUUCGUGGCGGUGCUAGAAGCCCUCAUAUUCGGCGAGGCCAUCAGGCUCGGGAUGGUGCUGGGCACGAUUCUGAUCAUCAUGGGACUGUACUCAUACCUGUGGGGAAAGAGGAAAGAGUCAAAGGCGGUGCCACGGCAGGCGAAUCUUGCCACUGUAGACGUGUAGGCGGCGGUAUUAGAAUCUGUCGGGGCUUCAUCAACAGCAGUCAUAGUGCCAAGCUCGUCCCCCGCUCGAGAUCAUGAUCAGACCGAUAUCAAGAUUAUUCCCGGAAAGAAGGAUGAUGUACAGUGAAGAGUGAAUUAGGGAUGGUGAUGGUGUUUGUAAAAAACCGUAUUCGCGGAUAACUGUACCAUUUCUAGCACUACACAACGCACCAAAUUGUUAUGGUGUGGAUAUGGUUUUUUUUAAUUCCAAAAACCGUUGCGGUGCGGUACGGAUAUGGUUUUGAUGAAAAACAACCGAUAAAACCGCACCGCCAUAUUUAUAUUUUUAUACGUAUAGAUUAGGCUAAUUUUUCAACAAAUUGUCCAAA